CAGGUGGCUUCCAGUUCGCGGUUGGCAAUGGCGUUUCGUGCACGGGAGCAAAGGAACAGGAAGAGGAUCUUUAAUGCCGUGGAGAAAGGACGUCGAACCAGGAGGGUUCGCAGGAUUAAGUAGGUGACGUCCAUUCCCAAUCGCAUCCCACUCGGAGCGUGCCGGUAGGUACCGUUGUGCGGGGUGAAGACGGGCGACGACGGCGAUGACGAUGAUGACGAUGAUGGUAUUGUGACGCUUGCAUUGCGCGGAUCUCGGCAACACACAAUGCCCGCUCUGCUCUACAUGCGCCCCACUUGCAGUUUGCUGCGCGGUCCCCCACAUUUACCAAACAUCUGUUCCCUUCCACUGCUCCCUCUCCCUUGCCUCCGUUGCCCCCCGAGCACCUGCUGUCUUCCGCUGUCUUGUCUUGUCUUCACGCUGUCUUUGUCCUGUCUUCCCGCUGUCUUUGUCGGGUCUUCCUCACCAGCCAAAAAAUGCGAACACGAGCUGUUUGCUGCAAACCACGACCCACAUUAUGGCCUGAUCUUCACACUUUUCCGUCCUCGUCGUCGAUGCAGCCGAUCGGAUGAUCGACGCAAUCCACAAAGCUUGUUUUCCAUCGAGCUUGUCGAAAGCGGCCUGGCGGAGUCGAGUGGGGCCGCAGACAUCACCACACGAUGGCCAAACUUGUUCGGCAUCCUGCUUGUUGCCAUGGUUACUGCUGCUACGGGUACUCCACAGCACAGCAACUCCAGAGUCCACACUCAGAAACUCAACACUGGGCUGAGGCUAUUCUUAGCAACCGUGGGCCGUGGCGUCGCUGCACUUCGCUUCUCCGUUGCAGGCUUAGUUACAGCUGCACCACAACGACAGCUCGUGCGCUGCGCAGUUGACGAGACGAGAGAACACAAACCACAGCAGCUGACAGCCGACGCCAUCAUCACACGAAAACCCGCCGUUCCAACACCGCGUCGUCGUCGCCAACAUCCCCCGCACCGCCAACACCACAUGUCAGUCGUCGCUUAGCACUAGCCACCUCGCGUCGACUGCGGGCCGUACUCGGCCAGCCAGCCAGCCAGCCAUGCCGCGCCCAUCAUCCGGCACGCGAAAAGAGGCGGCCUUCGUCGUGCUGAGCGUGUGCGUCAUCACCAUCUUCUCGAUCUUCAUCCUCGCCGCCGCAAAGAUCGGACGGGAGCUCAAGGCGCGGAUCGUCGUGUUCUGGUGUGUUCUCCUCCGCUCACUCCGUCCCUCACCAACCGCCAAGCUGACCCACUCGCUCACU